AUGGACGUCACCAAGAAGGUGGGGGACCCUGAUCCAUUGGGCCCCUGGGGCCACCCCUCAGACAGAAGUCAGGAGCUAGGGAGUAGCCUCAGAGGGUCCCAGGGACUAUGGGCAAACUCAGGGUCCAUAUGCCUUAGGCCGGGGUUGUCACUGCCCACUGAGGCCAUCACUGAGGGAGCCGUUGGCCCGGCCUCCCAGGCCCAUGUCCCUGAGCCCAUUUACCAGCUAUUCCUGGACCCUGCUGAGGUUGGCGCACAGUGUGCUUACGAGCAGGCCUCCCCCGAUGCCACAAGAUCCUCCUCCACUAGUCUGUUACCAAGCCCCAUCGUGGGAGCCCAGUUGCAUCUCAUCAUGGAGAAUGGGACCCUGACCCUUCCCUUGAACAUGCACGGUGACAGCACCAGUGAUGUGGUCCAGCACGGAUCCGGCUGCUCCUGGUUUCAGGUGCAGGGUGCGAGGGCGGGCAAGGCUCCAGCUAAAGUCCUGGUAGGCUGGGGCAAAGGGCCCAGCAGCACCGACCAGAUAGCUCCCUUGGGUGUUAGGACGAGCCAGUGGCUACCCUCUUUCCUUCCAGGGGAGGAUGGCUCAGCUAUAGCCCAAGGUCCUCUUCUGACUGCAGCCCAAGAUCAAGGCCAGGGCAAGUGCCUGUGCCUCGCUCAUGCUCCUCCACCUUCAACUCUGGCAAACACUCCAGCUCUGGAAACAACCCCAAAGCCAGAAGCAGUUGAACCUUGUACCUACGACCCCGACCACCUGACUGGUAGCAUUGCUGUCACCAAGGGCUUGUCCCAAGACCCCCUACUCAGGAAGUGUGGCAACCAAUUGUCAGUCUUCUUGGAGCCUUCCAAUGCGGCCACAUCUUGCCAGGACAGAGUGCAUUUUGGUUCUCAGGAGAAGCGUCCCACCCCAGGACCCACUCAGAAAGUGUCCCCCGGCCAUGCCCAGGAGCUUCAGGUUGCUGGAAGGCAGGUGUUACCCCAGCAGCCUGAGAAGCCUCCGGUCUGCACCUCCAGGCCAGGCAGCUCAACACCACUCUCAGGAAGGGUGGGCACCCCCAAGUUCUGCUGGAGGAGUAGCCAGCAGAGCCUCGGCCCCCGGUCAGCCAGGCAGCCCCUCACAGCUGGCAACAACACCUGCUCCAGUGUGCCCCUGUCUGCCUGCCAAGCCACCUACCACAAGCAGUCCCCAGUCCAGCCUCCCGAAGAAGCCAUACAGAUUGUCCCCUCCACUGCUCCUGUCUACCAGCUCCAGGAUGUCCUGGAAGACCAUGUGCUGGUGUUUGAUGUGGCCACGGGCGACACCAGGACGGGACAGCUGUGCCAUGACCCCAUGGGCUCACGAGCAGUACUGGUGGGCCUCACGCCCAAACACCCAGCGGUUUAUGCCCUUGAAAAUUUGCCGAGCCCCUGGCCAGCGGCCGUGCCCAUCGCCUCUCCUGACAGCAAUCAUCCCACCUUCUGGCCCAUCUCGUCAGUGCUGUCUAGCCCCGUGCCCUCCAGCCUCUCCUCCAGCAGCUACCGAGAGGUGGCCCUGGUCCCCAAGGAGGCCAGGCUCCACCUGGACGCCCCUGGUACUGAGUCACCCGUCACGGUGGCGGUGCUCACUGAGCCCAUUCCAUUGGGGAUGCCCCUCCAGUUUGGUACGAGGACAUUGAACCAGGUCCAUGAUCUUGGCUGCUCUGAACCUAAUGCUGAAAAAACUGGAUCUAGUCACACCAUCGGGACACUGGAUGCUUCUGGGAUGCAGGACACUUCUGCGGCCCAGGCCAAGAAACUGCAGUGGAUGAACCCAGAGCCAGCCCCGGAGCCUGCUCCUUCAGCUGCACCCCAGCAGGCACCCAGAUCCCUGCUACUGGAGGAGACUGGCACCCAAAGCUGGAAAGAGGUCCACACUGCCCACCGCAACAGCCCUCAGGCUGAAGGCGCUAGGCAGGACUCCCGUGGUGGUUGGCCUCUGCUAGCUGGGCAACAUCCCCUCUUUGGACAGCCCCCUCCAACUAGUCAGCCUGCCUCUGCUGAGCAGCCCCCGUCCACCAAGCAGCACCCCCUUUCUGACCAGCCCCCUCUCAUUGGGAUUGCCCUUCCCAGGCAGCCUCCCUUUCCCCAAGAACCCCCCCUCUCCACAGAGCCAAUCCUCUCAGUAGGCCCCCCGACCAGCAGGGAGGCUGGCCAGGAAGGUGAGGCCUUGGGUCUGCCCGCCCAUGUGGGGGUGCUUCGGGGGCCACUGGCCCCUGAAAAGACCCAUGGUGUCUAUGUGAGCAGAGAAAAGGUCGGCAUCAGCGCCGCUCCAAGCUCCGGCACACAGCAGCAGCCAUCCUGGCCACCGGGCAGCUCUCACAGCGCCCCAGAGGAGCAGCUCUCCCUGACCACGUCCACCGCGCCUGGCCCUGGCUUCAGGGUCUUGCCCACAGCCAUGGGGGGCACUGAGCCCCAGGGCCCCCAGCUCAAGCACACAGCUAAGGACAUUACAGACUCAACAGUGGUCACCAAACUUGGCCCUCUCCGUGGGACCUACUAUGAGCUGGUGUCCCCCACAGAUUCUCUGCCAGUACGGUCCCCAGUGCUCUGCUGCCACACCCUGGGUCCUUAUCAGGACAUGGCAGCUGUAGUGAUUGACACAGGAACAGGCUUCACCAAGUGCGGACUGACCGGAGAGGACCAUGUCCUCAGUGUGGUGCCCUCGUGCAUGCAGCCGCUACAGCCACCUGCCCAGCACCAGCCCGGGUACGUCCUGCCCGAGAACAGAGAGGGCUGUUGCAUGGUGCUGAAUCGAGGGGUGGUCUCCGACUGGGACGCGCUGGAGGUGCUGUGGCAGCACCUGUUCUACUGCAGGCUGGGCGUACAGCCCGAGGAGCUGGCUGUCCUCGUGGCCGACUCGCCCAUCUCACCGCGCACUAACCGCGAGAAGGUGGCUGAAAUUCUCUUUGAGCAUUUCCACGUGCCCGCCAUGCAGACAGCGCACCAGGCCCUGCUGGCGCUCUAUGCUUACGGGCGCACCACUGGGCUGGUGCUGGGCAGUGGUCAUGGCACCUCUUAUGUGGCACCCAUCCUCACGGGAGAUCUGGCCCCACUUGACACCUACCGCCUGGAUGUGGCCGGUAUUGACCUCACUGAAUACCUGGCUCAGCUAUUGCUGGCUGGCGGCCACUCGCCGCCCGAGAAAGGGCUUGUUAACCAGUUUAAAGAGGCCUGCUGCUAUGUGGCGUUGGAUGUGAAAGCCGAGAUGGCCCGCACCCAGGCCCGGGCCCCAGUGAACUUCAUGCUUCCGGACAAGCAGGUCAUCACACUGGGCUCUGAGCGCUUCUGCUGCCCUGAGGCCCUCUUCCAGCCCAAUCUGCUAGGCCUCAAUCAGCCAGGCCUUCCACAAUUAGCCCUCCAAAGCAUCAGCCGGCUGGAGGCCAAGCAGCAGGAGCAGCUGCUAGCCAAUGUGGUGCUGGAGGGUGGCAGCACCCUGCUGAGUGGCUUUCCUGAGCGCUUGAGACAGGAUCUGGGUCCUGGGGCGACUGUGCUGGGCUCUCCACACCGCGCAGUUGCCGCCUGGCUUGGAGGUUCCAUCAUGGCAUCCCGGGACUCCUUCCAGAACCUGUGGCUCAGCCGCCGUGAGUACGAGGAGGAGGGCCCAUGGGCCAUCUAUAAGUACAACCUGUGA